UUCGCUGCUGACGGAUGGCUGCAGUUUAUGGACUACAACUCCCAUACUCUCGUGGACUUGACAGAUAACCGGAGCAAAAAUUCCACGAGAUUAGGAGGAUAGAGUAAGCAAGGGAGGCAGGGAGAAGUCGCGUUCGCUUUCUAAGGGAAAGGUAGGUUAACCCAAAAGGCUGGCGUCUGCAACAAAAUCUGUGCAAAAUGGUGAAGGCCCAGGAGGUUGAACGCAUUGCGAAGAAACUGGACAAAAUGGUGCACAAGAAAAACACGGAUGGCGCCAUAGACUUGCUCAGAGAACUCAAGAACAUGUCGAUGUCGCUGGAGACGCUACAGUCCACAAGGAUUGGUAUGUCCGUGAACUCUGUCCGGAAGCAGAGCUCUGACGAGGAGGUGCAGUCCUUGGCCAAAUCUCUCAUCAAGGCCUGGAAGAAGCUUCUGGAUGGGGCAGAGGGGAAGACGGAGGAGAGGAAGAAAAGUGCCUCACCCCUUCAGUGUUCAUCGAAGGACAGCCCUGGCUCCAGCAGCGACAGUAAGAAGUCUGACCAGCCUGACACCCCAACCAGCCCCCUUACUCCUACCACCCCCACCACGCCGACCACCCCCAUCACCCCCAAGUUCACCUCCUUCCCCCCGGCCCCCAUCACCACCGACAGCGUGCGGAACAAGUGCAGAGAGCUGCUGGUGGCGGCGCUGCAGCACGGGGAUGACUACAAAGCAAUUGGAGCGGACUGCGAACACCUGGCUGCCCAAAUUGAGGACUUCAUCUACCAGGAGUUCAAGUCGACAGAUAUGAAGUACAAGAGCAGGCUGAGGAGCCGCAUCUCCAACCUGAAAGACCAGAAGAACCCGGACCUGCGCCGCAACGUGCUGGCCGGAAACAUCUCUCCCGAGCGCAUCGCCAACAUGAGCGCAGAGGAAAUGGCGAGCGCGGAGCUGAAGGAGAUCCGGAAGGCCAUGAUCAAGGAGUCCAUCCGCGAGCACCAGCUCUCCAAAGUGGGCGGCACCGAGACGGACAUGUUCAUCUGCGGCAAGUGCCGGGGCAAGAACUGCACCUACACGCAGGUGCAGACACGCAGCGCUGAUGAGCCCAUGACCACCUUUGUGCUGUGCAACGAGUGUGGCAACCGGUGGAAGUUCUGUUGAGUGGAAGAGCGAUCUGGAUUCUUCAGCAAGGAUAAUCAAUGGCAAACUGCAUUUGAAGAAAUCAUUUUGUUACAAAUCCUUUUUUAGAAAAAAAAAAUCUAAAAAUAUGCAUACAUGCUUUUUUCACCAUAACUCUGUAAUAUAUUUCUCAUGGAUGCUGUUCUUUAAAAGACAAUAGAUGUACAUUAUUUUGUGUAUUUUUUUUAUUUUAUUUUCGAUUUUCUACCAAGUAACAAUUGCUUUGUAUUAUGAGUUUGUGUUUUUUUGUAUUAACAUUUGAACAGCAGUAAGCUUUGUGAGCAGUAGCUGUUUUCUUUGCUCUUGCCUGUAAUAUGGCGGCUUGUGCCUUUCGUGUCAUGCUUCCCCAUCCCACUCCCUUUCCAGAGCUUCAUUUCCUAAAGACAUUUCAGUAGUACUUAACAUCUAAUAAAUAGUGCUUUAGUAUGAGGUGCCGCCUAUGCAAUAUGAUCAGAAAUGGGCAUUACACCACGCAUACAGUACACUACUGUCCACGUACAUGCACAUAAAAUGCUUGUGUGAGGAAUGGUGUGAAUGUAUAAAUGCUGUGUGAUCUAAUUCCUGGUACAGUAUAUUACCUAUGGGGCACUUCCUACUACUUGGGCUUAAGUGUUACUGUGGUGCUUUAGGGAAACGCUCCCUCAUGGUGCUGUUAGUUUUACACAACUAUUCUGCUGGUUCUAGAGGUGUUGUGUGAAAGUGAUCCAUAUAUCUUAGAGCUUUGCAUACAUAGAUUAUGCAUAAUUCAUUUACUCUUGUUUUUUCUUUUGAUUGCCUUCUUCAGUAGUGAAAGAGAUGCUUUUUUUGGAGUAUCAUGUGUCUUAACGAAGACUCAUGAGUGUGUGUAUUUUUUAUUGUUUUCUUUUUUUCCUUUUCUUUUUCAUUUGAUGUGUGUGUCUAAAAAAGAGAGAGGAUUAUCUCCGUUUCUACGUUGAGAAAAGGUAAUGGCGACAGCAGCAGAUUAAGCUUUGUUAAGCAGGUUGGUGGAGUUUAUAAAGAGAUUUCACGUGAGCACCUGUGGUGACUGCAUUAAAUGGAGUAUGACUCCUGCAACUUA